UCAGUCGCUCAUGCGGCCCGAACACUUGUCUUUACAAUUAUUGGCUUGGAUAUACUUGAUUAAUGGGAAUCCAAUUGUUCAGAAAGGGGGACUUGAAGUUCUGGAUAUUACUGACUCAAAUGAUUUGUCUGUUCGUCAAAGAUUCGAAGAAGUUAUACGUCUAGAUUGUGCAUCACAAAGACGAAAAGCAUUAAAAAGAAAAACUGACGGAGAUGCUAGAAUUUAUAUUCCAACAUGUUCUCCAAAAAACUCAUUAUUAUAUGAUAAAGUGCAAUGCUAUGAUGUUUCAAUUUAUUGUUGGUGUGUGGACGAACUGUCCGGAGAGCCAAAGUUAGGCUCAUCGACAACAAGAGGAAAACCAAAAUGUGAAGAAACUCCAACAACUACAGUUGCUCCAAAAAGAGUGAGAAGAAACAAUCGGUGUAAGGAAAAGAAGAGAACACGAUUUCUGAGGCGAUUAGUAUCAACUCUCAAAUCAGAAAUGAUAAUGAGUGGAAUAAAUGCAACAAAAGUUAGCAGAGAUUCAGCAAUUAGAUGGAAGUUUAAUCAACUCAAUAUAAAUCAUAAUAAUGUGCUUGAAAGAAGUGAAUGGAAACCUUUUAAAUCAGUUUUGUUAGAAUGGAAGAAUGUCAGACAGUGCUCCAGAAAUCUUUUCAAAACUUGCGAUCUGAAUAAGGAUAGAAAAUUGACAUUCGAUGAAUGGAGAAAAUGCAUUGUUCAAGAAAUCAACCGAGUACCAGCCAAACGUCCAGAUCAACUAAACCCAUUCCUGUACAUUUUAAGAUCAGAAUAAUUUUAAGUUUUAAUCCUCCCCCUCAAUUUGCAAUGUUCUUUAAAAAUCUACCACGGGUAACCUCCUUCCAUUAAUCUAUUAACCUAUAUUUGUCUUUCAUUCACAUAUUUGUUUCUCAACAGCAUAAUAAGUUUGCUUAAUUUCAGAGCUUGUAGUUGUCCGGUGUUGAAAUAUCGUAUUUAUUUGUAGAAAUUGUAUUUUCAUAUUUUCAUUGUCAGUUCAAAAACAAAACAUAUGCAUUUAAAUUAAAUAAAAGUGUUCACUUUUAAAAUAA